AGACAAGAAAAAGCCAGGCAAAUUCCAGCCUUUCAAGAAGUUUUUUGGCAAAAGGAAAAAAAGAGACGCAACAUCAGACUGUGAGGAAACCAAGUUGAAGCCAAGCCACUCCUUCGGGAAUGUCUGCAACGGCACCCUCUCUUCAGAUGAGGAAGCAAACAAUGGCGUGAGGUCCUCCAACUAUACUAUGGGUACUCGAGCUUUUUCCCAUGAGAGUAUUUUCAUACCUGAUGGGCGAGCAGAGAGUGAGCAGGCAAUCCAAGCUAUGUCACAGGACAACAUCUUGGGCAAAGUCAAAACCCUUCAGUCAACUGACACUCCAGAUUCAUUGAGCCGAGUGAGUUUGCCUGGAACAGGACAGGAGAUGGAGGAGAAGGUCACCCUGGUCAAGUCGUCUCGGCCAAAAAGACACCUUUCUUCUUCUGGCACCAUUGAAUCAAUCAACUUGGAUGCGGUCCCCCAGGCAGUCGCUCGUCUAGAUAACAGUGCUGCUAAGCACAAGCUGUCUGUGAAGCCAAAAAAACAGAGGAUGUCAAGAAAACACAGGAGAUUAACAAAGGAGUCGCAAAGUGUAGCAGUACCAGAGUAUGAGCAAGAAAGUCCAGGAACCCCGCAGUAUGUGGAAAGAAAUCCAGAUCACAAUGGACACAUUAUAGCAAACAAGUCAACCCAGGACAGAGUGGAGCAAAAGCAGCCUAAUUUAGCAGAUGGGAAAAGAAAGCAUGAAGAUCAUUUGAGGAUUCUUGAGGCUGAUAAGAAAAAACAAGUAGUAGAAACAGAGGAAACAAAACAUCUAGAAGAGAAGCACCAAGAAAUUGAGGAGAUGCAAAGAGAAGAGCAAAGAAGGCAUAAGGAAGAGAGAAAGCAACGUCUCCUUGAAGAGGAGAAACAUUUGAAAAUGGAGGAGCAGAGGCGCUGGGAAGAGGAGAAAAAACUUGAGGAAGAACGUAGGCAACAAGAACUAGAGGAGCAAAAGAGACUGGAAGAACAGAAGAGACUUGAGGAAGAACGGAGGCAACAAGAACUAGAGGAGCAAAAGAGACUGGAAGAACAGAAGAGACUUGAGGAAGAACGGAGGCAACAAGAACUAGAGGAGCAAAAGAGACUGGAAGAACAGAAGAGACUUGAGGAAGAACGGAGGCAACAAGAACUAGAGGAGCAAAAGAGACUGGAAGAACAGAAGAGACUUGAGGAAGAACGGAGGCAACAAGAACUGGAGGAGCAGAAGAGACUGGAAGAGCAGAAAAAAUUUGAGGAGGAACAGAGGCAACAGGACCUGGAAGAGCAAAAAAGACUGGAAGAACAGAGGAAACUUGAGGAAGAAUGGAGGCAACAAGAACUGGAGGAGCAAAAGAGACUGGAAGAACAGAAGAGACUUGAGGAAGACCGGAGGCAGCAGGAACUGGAGGAGCAGAAGAGACUGGAAAAACAGAGGCAGCAGGAACUGGAGGAGCAGAAAAGACAAGAACAAAGGCGUGAGAUUGAAAAGCAACAUCAGGAAGAAGAAAAGAAGCAGCAGGAGGAACAAACCUUGCAAGGAUUGAUGGAGUGGAAAAGACAUGAAGAACAGAGACGACAUAAUCUAGACGAGAAAAUGUAUCUGGAAGUUGAAGAGAAACUGAAGCAGGAGGAAGAAACUUCAAGGCUGGAGCAGCAUAAAAGAUUGGAAGAACAAAAGCAGCUUCAGGAGAAGGAAAAGAAGACACAGGCAGAACAAAGCCAUCAAGUGCUGGAGAAGCAUAAGGGACAAAAACAACAAAAAAAGCAUGAGUCUGCAGAGCAAAUGCACUUCAGGAAUGAUGAGGGAAUACAACAUGGGGAAUUUAAGAAGAGGCAAGAGGAACAAAUUCAAGAACAACUAAAAGAGAAUAGAAGAACACACAUAGAAGGACAACUGCUUCUGGAAAAGCAAAAAGGACUGCAGAAAUCCUCAAGACAGAAGAAUGAUGAUUUGCAUUCUGGGGAUGCUAGUAGGCAGCCUAUGGAGAAACAGCUUCAAGAAGACUCAAGACAAAAAACAAAACAGCUAGAGCUGAAGAAACCAGUGGAGGAAACUUUUGCAGAGAAACAAAAGAGAGAAGCUGAAGCUAAGGAGCAGGAGAGAAUAGGGGAAGAAAUAAGAUGGCAGGAAGUAGAUGAAAGGCAAACUAUGUCUAGACCAUUCACAUUUCAAGUGUCAUCAGGUGAGAAACAGAUCCUAUUUCACAAAGUGAAUCUGAGCCCAGUCACUCCUGCCAGAGAGGCAACACUUCCUUCUGCCAUCAAAGAGUCCAGGGCCCACAAAAUUAGCAAAGGCUGUCAUGCACUCCCAUCCUCAGUGUGUGUCCCCCACACAGCUAUCUUGGUGACUGGAGCACAGCUUUGUGGCACUGCAGUAAACCUGAAUCAGAUCAAAGAUACAGCUUGUAAAUCUUUACUUGGCUUGACAGAAGAAAGAAAAACUAUGACUAUUCCCCCACUAGAAAAUAUCCAGAAAACUACAUCUAGCAGUAAAUUGAAGCACACACAAGAGACACUGAACAAUCAGGCCAUAUUGGCUGAAUUGGCUUCUAUUAGGUCUCGAAUCUUAAAGACUGCAGAAAACAAGGUAAAUGAGAGAGACCGAGUAAGUGCCUGUCGGCACAGUGAUGAUUGGACAGCUAGAGGAGGAGGUGGUUCCCACGGUAACUUAAGGAAAACCCUAUCUGCAAAUGCAAAAUUUUCUAUAACACCAGCAUGGCAGAAAUUUUCAGACAGUUCAAAAGGCAGUGCAGAGGCAGAGAAUAUAAGUGGCACACAAGGUGCUGAACUAGAGAAUGUGGGGAAAACAGUAGGUUUAUCUAGUGAGUCAAAUGAAAAUGUGGCUGUUAAUGCUGCAGUCCCUGCUUGGACAAAUAAUGCACCGGAAGUAUUUCGGGAGAAAACUGAAGUGACAGACAACACUGAAGGCUGUAAGUUUGCCAAAGAUCUUCCAUCUUUCCUUGUUCCAAGUGUCCCUCAUUCUCCAGGCAGAGAAGCGCCACAGUCAGAGUCUUCAGCUGCUUUGGAAAGUCAGCAGAAUAAUGCUACAAGAAAAUUGGAUAAAGCAGGACCAAAUGCUGAAGAAAAUGUUUCUCCAUUUGGUAUAAAGUUAAGGAGAACAAAUUACUCUCUGCGUUUCCACUAUGAUCAACAGAUGGAGCAAAGGAAAAAGAAAAGAUACAGUGCAGGAGAUAGCUUUGAUGGUGUCCCUGUCCCCCUAGUUACAGCCGAAACUGAAAAAGAAAGCAGUAUUACUGCUCUAAAUAAGAGCCCGGCCCCUAGUUUGGUCAGGGGGGAUGCUGCUGCUACUGUUUUAAAAGACUCUUCAAACAGUGUUAUGGAGAACUCACCCACAGCAGGUGUUCCACUGUCCACACCAGCCAGCAGCCAGAUUUCUCUGUCUGGUCCUGAGAAACCUGUGUGUAAAUCACCAGCUCUACAAAAACCUGCUUUAGCCCCGAAGCCGACCAACCAGACCCCACCAUCCUCUCCUCUUGCUAAGAUGAACAGAUCAAACUUACCUGACACCUUUGGGCAGAGAGUAGCUAAGCCUGAAUUGGACCUCAGCUGGAAAAAGGAUGACAGUAAAGGGAACAACAUGCUCCCACCAGCUCCAAUCGAAAACAAAAACGAGGAAGAAACCAGAGAAAAGAAAUCAUUUUUCCCAUCUAUCAGUAUUCCGUGGAGAGAGAAAGCUGACAAAAAGCCUGAACCAUUAAAAAAAGAAAAGCCAGUUCUCCAGAGCAGGCACUCCUUAGAUGGCUCCAAACUGAUGGAAAAGGUUGAAACUGCACAGCCGCUUUGGAUUACAUUGGCACUACAGAAGCAAAAGGGAUUUCGUGAGCAGCAAGCUACCAGAGAGGAGAGGAGACAAGCGAGAGAGGCAAAGCAGGCUGAGAAGCUUGCUAAAGAAAAUGCUGGUAUCAGCAAUCUGUCAGAUAAUAAAAGCAGCAAUAGCAUCAGAACAAAUGCACUGCAGAAAUCCACACCUCAGGAAGGGGAGAAGAAAAUUGAGACUGGUGUGUCACGGCUAGAACGCAGAGAGCAGCUGAAAAAAUCCAACACCCUUCCUACUUCUGUGACAGUGGAGAUUUCAGAUUCUGUUCCAUCCACCCCACUUGCAAAAGAGGUUACCAAGAGAUUUUCUACCCCCGACGCUAACCCUGUGUCAACAGAACCAGCCUGGCUGGCCCUAGCCAAGAGGAAAGCAAAAGCUUGGAGUGACUGUCCACAGAUCAUAAAGUAAACUAUAAUCUUUCUGGUCUUUACUGUUGAUUCUUGUUUUCUCCUUUUAUUUAUUCAGCUUUUUACAUAUGACAAAACUAAAAUGCAUGUCCUUAAGGACUGAAAACUCAACUACUCACUAUCUCUCUAGCGUACUGUAAGGUUUACACACAUAAUAGGUCCAGUCACUUUGAAAAAACAGGUAAAGAGCCAGCUCAGGCACAAAGUUGAGAGCCAAUCUCUCUCAAAAUACAGGAAUAGUUCAGCUGUUGGACACAAUCUCUAGUCUAGUACGCUCCUUACAUUUUGUGAACGUUGGUUCAGAAGUUUGGGAUCUCUACUCUUAGUGUAGAGAUCUCAGAAAAGUCUGCCUGCUCCAGCACUGAAAAGGAAUGCAAGAUGCAUGUUCCCUCCUCUUCAUCCUAAUGCUUGCUUUGUUUUAGAAAUCAAGGUUUGAUGCAGUUUACUUGCAAUUUGAAAAUCUCUGCCCAACUGAAGGAUUUUAGGAUAUGUCUUUCCAUUUGUGGAAGAAGUGCAAGCUGUGGUGAUAUUACCCAAACCCUGAUGCAAUGGUGUUAUUCAUGCUAGGCAUGCAAGUUACUGUAACUCAUUUGUCAACCUGCCCCCCUCC